UCCGUCGUGUGGUCGGUGGUCUACGCGCCGCUGCUCGGGCUGCUUUGGGUCAUCCUGGGCCUCGGGAUCCUCGGAUUCUCCCUCCUAACCUGCCUGUGCUGUCGCGACAAGUGGAGCGAGAUGAGGGAUCCUGCAUACGCCAAGUACACCAAGAAGGACCUCUGGGUGCCGCUGGGGUUCAUGCUCCUCGGGAUCGUCGCCGUGCUGGUGGGUUUCUCUGUGAUGGUGGCGGGGGGCGCGCAGCUAAAGAACCGCGUGGACAAGGUGACGCAAUAUCUGACGGAGCAGGUUGACUUCACAGCCAGUGUGGUCUACAACCUCUCCAACAUCGUGGAAACGAGCUCCACCAUCACCGUCGCCAACGCCGUCAUUCCGGAUGACAAGAAGGCAGACAUUGAGAACAAGGCGAGGCAGGCAAACCAGACAGCCACUGAGCUGCAGGCUAAGACGGCGGACGGCAUUGAUAUUAUCAACAGCAGCCUGCGACUCCUAACCAUCACAUUCUAUGUCAUCGGCUGCAUCAUCACAGCCCUUUGCCUCUUUGCCUUACUGUUUUCACUACUCAAAUGGGUCGUAGCAUCGAACAUCAUCAUCACUAUCAUCUGGAUGGUUGUCUUCUUCACUUGGUGCACCACAGCUGCUCUUAUCAUCGCAUACCUGGUGAAUGGCGAUACCAGCGUUGCACUGGAGCAGGUGCAGCAGUCGCCCACCAUGAACAGCGCCAUGGACAAAUAUCUCCACUGCAUCCCCGGCGAGAAGCUCUUGAAUGCAACUCGCUAUGCGCGCUACACCGCUGCCACGGUGCUCACCACUGCCAACAGCUCCGUGGCUGCUAAUGCACCGCGGGCGCUUACCUACCUAAAUGCUCCGGGCGGCAUCUGUGUGCCGUACGGCCCGCCGCCCAAUUUCACGCGCGACAGCAGCUACUGCGGUAACGGCACCAUCAGCUUCCAGCAAUUUGUGAAUGGGCUUUCCUCGACGGCCAACAGCUCUGCUUUGGUGCCCGACGUGGUGAAAAACGACCUCACAGCCACCGCAACAACGCUCGCACUGCUCGAGUCCACCAUCCCCAACGUGCUCACCCUCGUCGACUGCUCCUAUGUCGCCAACAUUGCUGCGUUUGCAAUAGCCGAGGCGCAGGGGAUGCUCACCAAUUUCCAGAUGCUCUGGGUGGGCUUCCUGGUCAUCACCAUCGCCUGCAUGAUGCAGGCCCUCUCCAUGCCUGUCUACGUCUUCCGAGCCGUCAGGCUCGGCGAUCGGCUCAACGACGCCGAAGCUGAGGGACUGUACAAGGCUUCUGCUUCCGUCGUGUGGUCGGUGGUCUACGCGCCGCUGCUCGGGCUGCUAUGGGUCAUCCUGGGCCUCGGGAUCCUCGGAUUCUCCCUCCUAACCUUCCUGUGCUGUCGCGACAAGUGGAGCGAGAUGAGGGACCCCGCAUACGCCAAGUACACCAAGAAGGACCUCUGGGUGCCGUUGGGGUUCAUGCUCCUCGGGAUCGUCGCCGUGCUGGUGGGCUUUUCCGUGAUGGUGGCGGGGGGAGUGCAGCUGCAUAACCGUGUGAACACAGUGACACAGUACGUGACAGAGCAGGUUGACUUCACAGCCAGUGUGAUCUUCAACCUCUCCGACAUCGUGGAGACGAGCUCCAGUAUCACCGUCGCCAACGCCGUCAUUCCCGCUGACAAGAAGGCGGACAUUCAGAACAAGGCAAGGUUGGCAAACCAGACCGCCACGGAUCUGCAGGCCAAGACGGCAGAUGGCAUCAACAUCGUCAACAACGGCCUGCGAGUCCUAUCCAUUACCUUCUAUGUGAUUGGAUGCGUCAUCACCGCCCUUUGCAUCCUCGCCUUAUGUGCCGUGAACGGGGAUACAACAAGCGUGGCGUUGGAGCAGGUGCAGCAGUCGCCCACCACGAGCAGCGCCAUGGACAAAUAUCUCCACUGCACUGCAUCCCCAGCAGGCGUCGCCUUGGAGCAGGUGCAGCAGUCGCCCACCAUGAACAGCGCCAUGGACAAAUAUCUGCACUGCAUCCCCAGCGAGAAGCUCCUGAACGCGACUCGCUACGCGCGCUACACCGCUGCCACGGUGCUCACCACUGCGAACAGCUCCGUGGCUGCUAAUGCACCGCGGUCAACGGGUGUGAGUGCGCGCUACACUGCCGCCACCGUGCUCACCACUGCCAACAGCUCCGUGGUCAGCAACGUGCCUAGGUUAUUUAAGUUUCUUGGCGUUCCGGGUGGCAUCUGUGUGCCGUACGGCCCGGCGCCCAAUUUCACGCGCGACACGGACCUCUGUGUUGAAGGCACCAUCCUCUUCCCCCAGUUUGUGCAUAUGUGCUGUGCUGAUGUGGCACGUGUUAUCACAGCCAACAGUCUCUCACAGCCUUUUGAGUCAGCCACACAUGGCACAAAGAGCACAUUGUUUGUAACACUCCUUCCCCCAGUCCCCCUCCCCCUGUCCCCCCUCCCCCUGUCCCCCUUUCCCCUGUCCCCCUUCCUCCUGCCCCCCUCCAACUGUCCCCCUCCCCCUGUUCCCUUCCCUCUGUCCCCUUCCCCCUGCCCCCCUUUCCACUGUCUCUCUCCUCCCUCCCUGCAAGCACUUAUCACGACGGCCAACAGCACUGUGUGCGGUGGUGCCGGAGAUGGCGCUUAUCACAACAGCCAACAGCACUGCGUGCGGUGGUGGCGGAGGUGGUACGGAAUGAUCUCACACCCUUAUGCUGAUGACGACAGCCGGCAGCACUGCAUUGGUGCCGGAGGUGCCGGCAACGCUAUGUUGGUGCCGGAGGUGGUGAGGAGCGACCUCACAGCCACGGCUCAGACGCUCGCACUGCUCGAGUCCACCAUCCCCAACGUGCUCACCCUCGUCGACUGCUCCUAUGUUGCCAACAUUGCUGCGUUCGCAUUAUCCGAGGCACAGGCAAUGGUGACCAAUUUCCGGAUGCUCUGGGUGGGCUUCCUGGUCAUCACCAUCGCCUGCAUGAUGCAAGCCCUCUCCACGCCAAUUUACGUCUUCCGAGCCGUCAGGAUCGGCGACAAACUCAGCGACGCCGAAGUUGAGGGACUGUACAAGGCUUCAGCUGUCCCAGUCGCAUACCCGGCAGGUGGGGAGGGCGAGGGCCAGAUGCCAAUGAACGAGCCUAGCUAUGCAGAAGGAUCUGACAACUCUUAUGCGGGCGAGAGCGGUGCUGGUUACAAGUAA